AUGUCUGAAGAUGACCUAGAUAUUGGCAGCUCUCAUUGGGGAGAUGCAUUUACCUCUGUCGAAACAUCGAAUUCCACAAACAACUCUUUAAAAAAAAACGGCUCAUCUACAGAAGAAUCUUUACCAAGCUCACCAAAUGAUCACCAUCUGCCCAACUCUUCUGGUUCUCAGUCUGAAGUUAAUUCUAGUCCUCAAAAAUCAAAACAUUAUAGAAUAUCGACACUUAGAUCUUCUCGUUUUAAUAAAAAAUCAGGACCUAAAGUUCAAAUUGAAUCAGUACCAGUUACUGAUCCUUUAGGUCCUUUGGGUGGAAAUGUUACCGACUCUGAGCCCAUUAAAACUACCCUAAGUUAUGCUCUUUUUGGCGAAGAUGCUGUGCAGCCCAAAAUUCUUCAGAACUCCGUUCUUCCAUUAAUCAAUUCUGGUCCUAGUGAACUUGUUGAAAAUGUUAGCCGCCUUUCAGUUAAGGAACACUCUUCGACAGCUCAAAUAAAUCAAAGUUCUUUUGAUAUAACUGUUGGUGACCCAAUUAAAGUUGGAGAAUUAACAUCGGCCCAUACAGUUUACACCGUUCACACUAAAACCAAUUCUCCUAAAUUCAACAAUUCGGAAACCAGUGUGACUCGACGAUACAAAGACUUUAGAUGGUUGUACCAUGCGUUAGAAAACAAUAAUCCUGGUGUCAUUAUCCCACCACCUCCCGAAAAGCAAGCUGUUGGCCGAUUCAAUGAAGAUUUUGUAGAAUCUCGUCGUUCGUCUCUGGAAACAAUGCUAAACAAAUGCGCGUCACAUUCUAUUCUUCAAAAUGAUCCGGAUUUUAGAAUAUUUUUAGAAUCAGAAACCUUUUCUACCGAUAUCAAAUCCAAGCAGUAUCAAGCCCAAACUUCAACUGUUAAUGGCGGUGUUGAAUCAAAAGGCUUUAUGGGUCUAGGAGGCCAUUUCUCAUUUUCUGGGAAGUAUGUUGAAACUGAUGAAUGGUUUUUAGAAAAGAAAGCGUACGUAGAUUCCUUGGAAUCUCAAUUUAAAUAUUUGGAAAAGUCUUUGGAUAUGAUGGUGACUCAACGCAAGGAAUUAAGUGAUGCAACUGCUGAGUUCGGUGCUAUUUUAAACUCACUUUCAAAUGUCGAAUUAUCAAAAUCAUUUGGUGAACUCAUUGAUCGUUUUUCAUCGGUAGAAUCUCGUGUAAGAGAUCUCUAUUUUCGACAAUGUAUGCAAGACAUCCUUUCUUUAGGAUCAACACUUGAAGAAUAUAUUAGACUUAUUGCUUCUAUUAGGAAUGUUUUCAUUCAAAGACAAAAAGCAUAUUUUUCAAUGCAACUUGCUGAACAAGAAUUAUCAAAAAAACGUCAAAAUCUAGAAAAGGUAAAAAAACAAGCCAAAACCUUGCAAGAUAAAAUAUCAUAUUUGACUGAUGAUGUCAAUGAACAAGAAAAAAAAGUGAUCAAUUUACGAGUUGCUUUUGACGAUAUAAGUAAAUUGAUAAUCAGUGAAUUUUCACGUUUUGAACAGUCUAAGGCAAAUGAUUUUCGGAAUUCUGUUGAGUUGUAUUUAGAAAAUGCUGUAGAAGCGCAGAAAGAGGCUAUUGAAAUCUGGGAAACAUUUUACCAACUUAGUGGUUUUUCUAAUUCAAAAGCUUCUAACUCGACUCUUUCUAAAGAAUCUGAAGUUUUUUGA